GGUCUGAGGAAGGCCUGAGUCAGCCUCAAGAUGAUUGGCCUGAUUGUUCUCACACUCUUGGGAGCUGCAGCUGCAGCCCCUACGGAUGACAGGAUUGUGGGUGGCUACCAGUGUGACCCCCACUCACAGCCCUGGCAGGUAUCUCUCAAUAUUGGCUACCACUUCUGCGGAGGGUCCCUCAUCAAUGAUCAGUGGAUCAUAUCUGCUGCCCACUGCUGGCAAAACCCCUUUUCACAGAUUGCGGUCUUGGGUGACAACCACAUCUGGAUGCACGAGGGCACCGAGCAGUACAUGUCAGUGGACGCCAUCUACUGGCAUCAGAGUUACGACUACCAGACCCUGGACUACGACAUCAUGCUGAUGAAGCUGGCACACCCCGUCACCGUGAACCAGUACGUCCAGCCCGUCGCCCUGCCGAGAGCCUGCCCCGCACCUGGGGACAUGUGCACCGUGUCUGGCUGGGGGAACAUCUACACUGAUCAAGGUGAGGAGCACCUGAUCUUGACAGAAACAUUUUACACAUGA